AUGGAUACAGCCACGGGUAAGUAUGCUUAUGCACCAGGUUCAUCACUACCUUUUCCUAGAAGUCCAGAGCAAUGGGACAAUGAACAAAGCCUUGAAGAGAGUGGUGAUUCUGAGGAAAUUUUACAACCAACAUCCACUCUGACUAAAAGAAAAAGAAGUGGUGCAGUUGAGGAAGCGCACAUGUGGAGUUUGGAAAAAGAUGUUGAAGAUUUGAAAGGAUAUUCAAGGCGAGUUCUAGAUUGUAAGCCAGAGGUCUAUGUUGGGCGUCUCAGGGGUGUCCAGGCUGCCAAGUCGUAUAAUUCUUUGAUCUCUGAAGAAAAACCCAAUGACUCUAGAUAUGCCUGGAGAGCUGAGAUUACUCGCCUGAGGAAAGAAAAACAGAAAGUGGAAAAUUCUUACAGAAGUAAGACAUACUCUGAAGGAAAUGUAAAAACAAUUGCCGCUGAAAAGGUUGAUACCAGUAACUGUGAGAAGGGGGAGGUAACUUUGUAUGAGGCACAUGAUGAAGGAAGUAAUGUGGACAUAGUAAACGGUCAUGCACACGAUAGUCCGGAUGUUGUAGCUUCUGUAGGCAUUGACAAUCCUAGAGUGGAAAAGGUGAAUGGUUAUGCGCAUGAUGGUCCAACACGGGGUGUGGCCAUGCCACUCAAAUCUGGGAAGGAAAUUCAGUCCAAGGGGUCAUUAUUAAAGAAGACCUCAAAGGUCAGGAAAGGGAUUGAUUCUGGACCUAGUAAAGAUGAAGUCAGUACUGUCAUUGAGAGGGAAAAGUCUGUUGUAAAGGUUUCUGAUUCUAAAGCUGCUACACCGGUAGAUAGUAAGGAAGAUCUUCGCAAGACACUUAAUAACAUUUAUGACAAAGUUCUUAUUGUGAAUAGUGUCUCUAAAGCAAAGGAAGUCAUUAGGAUGCUUAAAGGUGAAUACAGGCAUCUUAUCCAUGCCUGUGACACAGAGGUGGCCGAGAUAGAUGUUAAGAAAGAAACACCUGUAGAUCAUGGACAGAUAAUAUGCUUCAGUAUAUAUUCUGGACCAGAUGUGGAUUUUGGAAAUGGAAAGUCCUGCAUCUGGGUGGAUGUUCUUGAUGGUGGUGGCAAGGAAAUUCUACUUGAAUUUGCUUCAUUUUUCGAAGAUCCUUCCAUUAAAAAGGUUUGGCACAAUUACAGCUUUGAUAAUCAUGUAAUUGAGAACUAUGGGAUUAAGGUUUCAGGCUUUCAUGCUGACACCAUGCACAUGGCCCGCUUGUGGGAUUCAUCGAGGCGGUUAAAUGGUGGUUACUCUCUCGAAGCUCUAACACGUGACCCAAAGGUCAUGUCUGGGACGCAAUCAUUUGAGGAGAAUGACUUGAUUGGGAAGAUAUCAAUGAAAUCAAUAUUUGGCAGAAAGAAAGUAAAAAAAGAUGGCACUGAUGGGAAAAUAAUAAUUCUUGACCCGGUUGAAGUGCUACAAAGAGAGGAGAGAAAACCAUGGAUCUGUUAUUCUGCAUUAGAUGCAAUAAGCACACAUAAGCUUUAUGAGAGUAUGAAAAACCAACUCUCCAAUAGGCAGUGGGAAAUUGAUGGAAAUCCAGCUCCUGGAACCAUGUAUGAUUUCUAUGAAAAAUACUGGCGACCAUUUGGUGAGCUCUUAGUUCAGAUGGAAACUGAGGGAAUGCUGGUUGAUCGAGGAUAUCUAGCUGAAAUUGAGAAGUUGGCCAAAUCAGAACAAGAGGUUGCUGUUAAUAGAUUUCGCAAGUGGGCAUCCAGCUUUUGCCCAGAUGCCAAGUACAUGAACGUGGGAAGUGAUGUGCAACUACGCCAGCUUUUAUUUGGUGGGACUGUGAACAGCAAGGACUCCAGUCAGGCUCUUCCAAAUGAGAGGACUUUUAGAGUUCCAAACACUGAAACAGUGAUUGAAGAUGGCAAAAAUACAGCUCCAAAAUUUCGCAAUAUCACUCUGCACACAAUUGGUGUCAAUCUGCUAACUGAGAUUUACACAGCAACUGGUUGGCCUUCAGUUAGUGGAGAUGCUUUGAAGAUUUUAGCUGGCAAGAUCUCUUCAGAGUAUGAUUUUAUGGAUCAUGCUCCGGAUAUUGAUGAUGGAGAUUCUUGUGAGACAGUGACUGAUGAAUAUUUGGAAAAGGAAGAGAUUAUGUCCAAAAAUGUAGACAGGUCUGAUUAUGGAACAGCUUUGCAAGCAUUCGAGUCAGAUGAGAAGGGGAAGGAUGCUUGCCAUGCCAUUGCUGCAUUAUGUCAAGUUUGCUCUAUUGAUUCGUUGAUAUCCAACUUCAUCCUCCCUUUGCAGGGCAGUAAUAUAGCUGGCAAGAACAGACGGAUUCAUUGUUCGCUAAAUAUCAACACAGAAACUGGGCGGUUAUCUGCUAGGAGACCAAAUUUGCAGAAUCAGCCAGCUCUUGAAAAGGACCGCUAUAAGAUCCGUCAGGCAUUUGUUGCUGCACCUGGAAAUUCUCUAAUUGUUGCUGACUAUGGACAGCUGGAACUUAGGAUUCUUGCUCAUCUUUCUAACUGUAAGAGCAUGUUGGAUGCCUUCAAAGCUGGUGGGGAUUUCCACUCAAGGACUGCAAUGAACAUGUACCAGCAUAUUCGUGAAGCUGUUGAGAAUAAGGAAGUGCUACUUGAGUGGGAUCCUCAACCUGGUCAAGAUAAACCCCCAGUUCCAAUGUUGAAGGAUACCUAUGGAUCUGAGAGAAGGAAAGCUAAAAUGCUCAACUUUUCCAUUGCAUAUGGGAAAACUCCAGUUGGGCUUUCCCGGGAUUGGAAGGUAUCUGUCCAGGAUGCAGAGAAAACAGUUGAACUUUGGUACAAAGAAAGAAAAGAAGUGAGAAGGUGGCAAGAAGAACGUAAAAAAGAAGCUAAAGAAUAUAGAUGUGUUCGAACAUUGCUAGGACGGGCACGCUGGUUUCCCUCAUUAACUCGUGCUAGCCGUGCUCAAAGAGGACAUAUUGAAAGGGCUGCUAUCAAUACUCCAGUACAGGGUAGUGCUGCUGAUGUUGCCAUGUGUGCCAUGUUGGAGAUAUCCAAUAAUGAACAUUUGAAAGAGCUUGGGUGGAGGCUGCUAUUACAGGUCCAUGAUGAAGUCAUCUUGGAAGGGCCAUCAGAAUCAGCGGAGGUUGCGAAGGCCAUAGUUGUUGACUGCAUGUCAAAGCCCUUCAAUGGCAAGAACAUCCUUAAUGUUGACCUUGCUGUUGAUGCCAAGUGUGCACAGAACUGGUAUGCUGCCAAGUAGAUACAGUGGUUUGUUACAAAAUGAAUCCCACUGUUCUAUAUUGCAUUCACUCCCAAGAGGUUUUGCCCAAUGAAUCGGUUCUUAUAGCUUGCUGAUGUGAAGUUUUCCAUCAUCUUUGGUGAUGUGCUUGUCACACUACGGGCCGAGGAUUACUAGAAGAGGUGCUCUGCUUUUGUGCAUCAUAUGGUUCUUAGACCAUCGAGAAGGCAAUUUGAAAAGCAUCACUUGUACAUAGGUUAUUCUAACCAUUGACACAUGUUUUGUAUUUAGUGUCAUGCUUGUAAGCUUGUUAUGUUGGAUGAAUGCUAUUCUUGCUGUCUAUUAUUUCGUGGUGAAACCAAAUGUAUAGUUUUGAACAAUUGCAAUCUGCCUAUGCAUUUCCUAC